AUGGCUGAAGAUGCUGAAGUUUCCGCGCUCGUGUGCGAUAACGGUUCCGGUAUGGUCAAAGCUGGUUUCGCCGGCGACGACGCGCCGAGAGCCGUCUUUCCGUCCAUCGUUGGUCGCCCGAGACACCAAGGCGUGAUGGUCGGCAUGGGCCAAAAAGACUCAUACGUCGGCGACGAGGCGCAAAGUAAGAGAGGUAUUUUGACGUUGAAGUAUCCGAUCGAACACGGUAUUGUCACUAACUGGGACGAUAUGGAAAAGAUCUGGCACCAUACCUUCUACAACGAACUGCGGGUCGCUCCGGAAGAACAUCCGGUUCUUUUGACCGAAGCGCCGAUGAACCCGAAAGCGAACCGCGAAAAGAUGUGUCAAAUCAUGUUUGAAACGUUCAACGUCCCGGCGAUGUACGUUUCUAUUCAAGCGGUGUUGUCUUUGUACGCCUCUGGUCGUACGACUGGUAUCGUUUUGGAUUGCGGUGAUGGUGUGUCGCACACCGUGCCAAUCUACGAAGGGUACGCUUUGCCGCACGCCAUCUCUAGAAUCGAUCUCGCCGGUAGAGAUUUGACUGAUUACAUGGUGAAAAUUUUAACUGAAAGAGGCUAUUCGUUCACGACGACCGCGGAGAAGGAAAUCGUUCGCGAUAUUAAGGAAAAGUUGGCGUACGUCGCCAAGGAUUUUGAGGAAGAAAUGGCCACGGCGGAAGGCUCCUCCUCUUUGGAGAAAUCGUACGAGUUACCGGAUGGUCAAGUCAUCACGAUUGGUUCGGAAAGAUUCCGUUGCCCGGAAGUGUUGUUCCAACCGUCUAUGUUAGGUAUGGAAGCGGCGGGGAUCCACGAAACGACGUACAACUCUAUCAUGAAGUGUGACGUUGAUAUUCGUAAGGACUUGUACGCGAACAUUGUUUUGUCUGGCGGGACAACCAUGUUCCCGGGUAUCGCCGAUAGAGUCUCAAAGGAGUUGACCGCUUUAGCGCCGUCCUCUAUGAAGAUUAAGGUUGUCGCGCCGCCGGAGAGAAAGUAUUCCGUGUGGAUUGGUGGUUCUAUUUUGGCGUCUUUGUCCACGUUUCAGCAAAUGUGGAUCGCGAAGUCUGAAUACGACGAGGCUGGACCUUCUAUUGUGCACAGAAAAUGCUUUUAA